CCGGGCCGUGGGCGGGGCCGGGCCGGCAAGGAGGCGGAAGUUCCCGCGGGCGGUGCGGACGGCGCACGCACUGCGAGUCACUUGUCAGCGCUCGUCUGAGGCGAAGGCUUCGCCGCGCCGGACCUGAGUGUCUUUCAUCUCCUGGCAUUGGACUUUGAGCCAUUAGAAUCAUGAGCAACUACAGUGUGUCCUUGGUUGGCCCAGCUCCUUGGGGUUUCCGGCUGCAAGGUGGCAAGGAUUUCAACAUGCCUCUGACAAUCUCUAGUCUAAAAGAUGGUGGCAAGGCAUCCCAGGCGAAUGUAAGAAUAGGGGAUGUGGUUCUCAGCAUCGAUGGAAUAAGUGCAAAUGGAAUGACUCAUCUCGAAGCCCAGAACAAGAUUAAGGGUUGUACAGGCUCUUUGAAUAUGACUCUGCAAAGAGCAUCUGCUACAUCCAAGCCUGAGCCAGUUUCUGUUCAAAAGGGAGAACCUAAAGAAGUAGUUAAACCUGUGCCCAUUCCAUCUCCUGCUGUGUCCAAAGUCACUUCCACAACCAACAUGGCCUACAAUAAGGCACCACGGCCUUUUGGUUCUGUGUCUUCACCAAAAGUCACAUCCAUCCCAUCACCAUCGUCCGCCUUCACCCCAGCCCAUGCGACCACUUCAUCACAUGCUUCCCUUCCACCUGUGGCUGCCGUCACUCCUCCCCCAUUCGCUGCAUCUGGACUGCAUGCUAAUGCCAAUCUUAGUGCUGACCAGUGUUCAUCUGCACUGAGCGCUGGUAAAACUGCAGUUAAUGUCCCACGGCAGCCCACAAUCACCAGCGUGUGUUCCGAGACUGCUCAGGAGCUAGCGGAGGGACAGAGAAGAGGAUCCCAGGGGGACAGUAAACAGCAAAAUGGCCCACCAAGAAAACACAUUGUGGAGCGCAAUACAGAGUUUUAUCACAUACCCACUCACAGCGAUGCCAGCAAGAAGAGACUGAUGGAGGACACUGAAGACUGGCGUCCCCGGACUGGAACAACUCAGUCUCGCUCUUUCCGAAUCCUUGCCCAGAUCACUGGGACUGAACAUCUGAAAGAAUCUGAAUCCGAUAGUGCAAAGAAGGCAAAUAGCCCUGAGGAGGCUUCUCCACAAGUGGCUUCUUCCUCGGUGGCUUCAUUGCGGAACAUGCCCGAGAGCGUAGAAGGCCCAGCCCUGGGCAGAGCAGCAGUGGCCGGCCUCACAACUGCUGCCGCCUUCAAGCCUCUGGGAUCCACCAGCGUUAUCAAGUCGCCAAGCUGGCAACGGCCAAACCAAGCAGCACCUUCCACUGGAAGAAUCUCAAACAGUGCUGCUUCCUCAGGAGCAGUGGCACCAGCCAACUCAGCUCUGGGGCAAUCCCAGCCAAGCGACCAGGACACUCUAGUGCAAAGAGCCGAGCACAUUCCAGCAGGGAAACGAACUCCAAUGUGUGCCCAUUGUAAUCAGGUCAUCAGGGGACCAUUCUUAGUGGCACUGGGGAAAUCUUGGCACCCAGAAGAAUUUAACUGCGCUCACUGCAAAAAUACAAUGGCCUACAUUGGAUUUGUAGAAGAGAAGGGAGCCCUGUAUUGUGAGCUGUGCUAUGAGAAAUUCUUUGCUCCCGAAUGUGGUCGAUGCCAAAGGAAGAUCCUUGGAGAAGUCAUCAAUGCUCUGAAACAAACCUGGCACGUUUCCUGUUUUGUGUGUGUGGCCUGUGGGAAACCCAUUCGUAAUAAUGUCUUUCACUUGGAGGAUGGCGAACCCUACUGCGAGACUGAUUAUUACGCUCUCUUUGGUACCAUAUGCCAUGGAUGUGAAUUUCCUAUAGAAGCUGGCGACAUGUUUCUGGAAGCUCUGGGCUACACCUGGCAUGACACUUGCUUUGUAUGCUCAGGCGAGCUAUGUAGUUCUCAAAACAGUAAGGGUCCUUUACUUUAA